AUGUCUGCCCAGGUUUCGGUACCUAAUAUGGUCGCCGAUUCGUCCUCAACAACGAAUAUCCAGACAACCAGGCGGAUGCGAGUUCCCUUGAGCUCGCUCCAGAACAUGGCGUCAACAGGCAAGAUCCCCCUCACCCCCAAGGAGAUCGAGGCUUUACAGCUGAAGGGUGUUCUCCGAUCCACCUCACAUCACAUCCAGACCAGCAGUGCCCUCUCGACAUCAAUACCAUCUUCCAGCUCGGCUACGCCCAGAACGGCAACGACCCUCCCUUCUUCCCCCCAGGCCGUCCCCGCCGACGCAUCGACACCUCCUUCCUCCUCAUCAUAUACCUUUGGCGCUUCAUCUCCCGCGAUGGGCCAGUUCUCUUCAAAACCUCCGUUGCCGAUCGCUGCCCGCUUGGCUCCCCUCAUCUCGUCUGGCAGGCCCAAGAACGGCACGCCCAUCUCAAUUGUAAAGACCCGGAAACGAGGCGCCGAUGCCCACCUCGCCAUCCCAUACAAAGAACGUCCCCUGCCGUCGUUUCACGAAGGCGAGAUCGUUGACACCUGCUCCCACUUGGAUGGGCCUCAGGUCGUACUUAUCGAAGAUGAUCGCACCGGGUUCCGUCGCCACUCUGACGCAUCGACAGCCAACAGGACGCCCGUGCCGGAGGACACGCUGGCCUUUGACCCUUCCCGUCGGGCCUCGAUCGCGACUGCUUCGCCCAUGGUCCCUUCUCUCCUGGGUAACCGCCGUGUCCUCUACAAGGCUUCUUACGGUCUGACCCUGUUCUCCCUCCCCAGCCAGCCCCUCGCCCCCAAGACCGCCACCCCGACUCAUACUGAGGCCAUGAGCUCUUUCAAGUUUCCCGCAGAGUCCUCAAGCAACGCCGCUCCUCUCCCAUCGCCUUCAUCUCCGUCGACCUUGUCGCCCGGAAUGUUUGCCACUGGUUUCCCGGUGACCCCCUUGCGGUCGAAGAGAAAGAGCUCGAUUCCCAUGAGAUCGCCCUCAUGGAACGGAGCCCAGGACGGAGUCAUCUUCCAGUUGCCAUUCGGCACCCCACCCAUGCCAGCUAUGACCCCCAGAGCAGGAUCCGUCGGCUGCCCCUCACCGGUGAUGCAGAUGGCCACACCCCCCUCACCUGACCGUCGAUCUGGUCUUGGCAUUCAGGUUGAGGAGACAUUCAAGGAGCUCGGCGCGACCCACCCUUUGGAGGCGUCAUCUGCGAUAGCCUCGGGCGCUGCCAGCCAACCCAUCUCCUUCACUGACGAAGACUCAGCCAUGUCCAUUGGGGACAUCAUCAUCGCGGAACAGGAAGCCUCUGCCGCCAACCGGACGGAGUCACAGGCAAGCGGAUCGCGAGGACAAGGACAAGGCAUGCCAACGCCACCAUUGACAUCCAGGGUCCCUUCUCUUGGCGUGAUGGAAAGUCAACCCGAUCGUGAGUUGAUGAUCGAGAAGCAUGGAUCGAUUCCUCCCACCCCGGUCACCCCAAGUCGCAAAUUUGGAUCGAGCAGCUCGGCCGCUACUGAUCAGGAUGCGCAGGAGGUGACCUCAAACCAGCAGGAGACAGAUGACCGCCAAGACCGCGCUGGAUCGACGACUGGCUCGGCCACCGAGGUCAACCAGGAGCAAGGUGACGACACCGACUCGGUCCUUCCCCUCUGGGCACAGAGGCAACUGAGCAUCCGUCGCCAGUCGGCGAUUCCUCGCCCCGAGUUGGACUUUGUCAGCGGAUCAGGAAUCCUUCCACCAGCGAGCAGGGGCCUGAAGACGGUCGGAGGAGCCAAGAUCUUGAGCUACCCUGUCCUUAUCUCGGAUAUGGUCCACGUUGUCCUUGACGAUAUCCAGGCUAAGGGCGGCGUCCUCGACGGCAGCGACGUCACUGAGGAAUCCGAGGAGGAGUCGUCCGAGCAGCAGCAGCAACACCAGCAUGUAGCGGCUUCCGCUGGUCGCGGUGGAAAGACUGGUGGCCGUGGUAGCAAGACGGCCAAUUUGAAGCGCAAGAAGGGUGGUUCUGGCCAAAAGGGACGUGGCGCCAAAGCUCAGGCCCACAGUCAUCCCUCACCCGACGAUGACGGACAGUCAGGAGACGAGGCACAGGAGGAUCUGGACGAUAGACCCCGCUCAGGACACAUGACUGGACUCUACAAGAAGCGCCGCCAAUCUGUCAGCGCUGGCCACCAUGGGCAGGAGCGUGAGUGGCACCAGCUGGCACCCCCAGUCGAGUUGAGAGUUAUUCGUCGUGUGGCAGUUGUCGAGGAUUACGCGAUGGAUAUCGACUUUGAGGGUGGCGCAGCUUCGGAUAUGAACGAUGAGGACUACUGCGACGACGGAACAGGGUUGGCUGCCCAGCAGCGUCACAUCAGCGCCUCAAGCUCCUACAAGCCCCACAAUCGCCUUCAGAACGUCCCUGAGCACCUCCGCAUCCCGCCACAGGAGGUCGAUCUGGCCAUGCAACUCUCGCGUGAGAUGAUGGAGAACAAGAAGCGCAAGAAGGCUUACAAGGAGAAGGAUGGCAAGAAGAAGAGGCGCGGCGCAGAUGCUGACGAACAGGAGAACGACGACGGACACCGCACCAAAGGCAAGGGGAAAGGAAAGCAAGUCGUCCGCAACAACGACCCCUCAGAUCACGUCGAUGCUGAUGCUGGCCUUCGCCGUGCUUCCCUCAAGACCCUCAAGCCUCUCUUGGACGCCACCAUGGCUGUUGAGCAGCAGGAAGGUCGCAAACGUUUCAACGCCUGGGACGAGGACUACAACGGCGACGAGGACACGGCCGAGGCUGACCAUGUCGCCUACUAUCACGGAACUGGCCUCUUAAACCAGUACUUCCCCGGAAUGAUGACGUCGGACACGUUGACGACCUCGACGAUGGGACCUUCUGGAGGAGCUGCUGCUGCAGGAACGGGCAAGAAGUCCUCCAAGGCCAACGGCGGCACCUCAGGUCACUCAGCUUCUUCUUCCACAGGCUCGGCUACAGGAGCAGGAACGAACGGGGGCCCGUCCCCCUCCUUGUCGAGCACCUCCCCCAAGAAACCCGCCAAAGCGCGCGAGAGCAAGGCCGCGACCAAGAAGUGCGAAGCUUGUGGAGCAAGCGAGACUCCAUGCUGGAGACCCGGCUACACCGCCCACUCUGCCCUCUGCAACUCGUGUGGACUCCGUUAUAAGAAGUCCAACGUCUUUUGCGCCAAGGUUGGAUGCAAGUACAUCCCCCUCAAGACGGAGUACGCCGCUAUGGAGGCCGAAAGAGUCAAGUCUGGUCGUGCUCACCUUGUCUGCCAUAAGUGCAAGGGGCCCGUUGCCCUACCUAUCAUCAAGGAGUAG